AAGGGAAGGUUCAAGAAGUAGUGUGACGGGGUUGAAUGUUGGAUUCAGUGCCAUUGAAUGUCAACAGCCUUGAACAUUCCUCGAAAAGGCUGGAUUUGACUUGGACUCUAAGGUUGAACCCCAUCUUACUUUCGGACCCGAGUGAUUGAUGAUCAGAUUGGUGGAUUGGCCCAUUUAACUUCCAUUCGACCGGAGACUUUCUGCGCAGUCGAGCCCAGAGCAGCUGAGAGGAGUCGAGAGCUACGAGGCCAUUCAAGGUUGCGCCAGUGCCAGAAGUCUAACGGUGUACUGGAUUUUACGAAACUAAACCAAGUCGGGGCAACAGCUUAGCAAAAGCAACCGAAAAAAAAUUACAAAAUUACAAUCUCAACCAUCCAGUCCACUCUCGAGGCAAGCCCACGAAUAAUUCGGUCCCUCUAUCUCCGACCCAUGCCAGUGCGGAAAGAAUAAUAAUCAGACGCCCUCGCCCCAACACUUACCAAAAGCUUGCCAGCGAGGAGUGCCAUUCUAAGAGUUCUCAAUCUCUAUCUCUUGAGACUCCCCCCCCCUCUUGUUCGUGCUUCGUGUGUAAUAUUUCUUACACCUUCUUUUCCAAGUUCGAUUACCACUUUUUUUUUUGUUCAAUUCACACUGCUACGCUGUUUGACCUAAUUCCUCAUUUUUUUCUUGGAUAAUAUCAUUCUACCUCUUCCCGCCUAGAACCUCCCUGACAGUUGCUGCUUAAUGCUAGGUUGAUUCCAGCAGCACUACCAGAUAGACGACCCCAUACGCCUCGGAAUAGACUCCUUUUCCCCCCUCCGAUUGCGGAUUAUACAUCCUUUACGUUAACAAUGCGUCCCGAAAUUGAACAAGAGCUGGCUCACACUUUGCUGGUCGAGCUUCUGGCUUACCAGUUCGCCUCGCCGGUUAGAUGGAUUGAAACACAAGAUGUCGUGCUUGCAGAGAAGCGAACAGAGCGUAUUGUGGAAAUUGGUCCGGCAGACACAUUGGGUGGGAUGGCAAGGAGGACACUCGCAUCUAAAUAUGAAGCAUAUGAUGCCGCCACAUCAGUGCAACGUCAAAUACUUUGCUACAACAAAGAUGCGAAGGAGAUAUAUUAUGACGUGGACCCAAUCGAAGAAGAACCGGAGGCUGCCCCCGAAGCAGCUGCUACCACCGCGACAUCUGCUGCUCCAGCCGCCGCCGCUGCACCUGCACCUGUUGCAGCGGCACCUCCUAGUGCUGGACCGGCAGCGGCUGUUGAGGAUGCUCCCGUGAGCGCUCUAGACGUGCUUAGAACACUCGUGGCCCAGAAGCUGAAGAAGUCAUUGUCGGAUGUACCAUUGAACAAAGCUAUCAAGGAUUUAGUCGGAGGCAAGUCUACGUUGCAGAAUGAAAUCCUCGGAGAUUUGGGCAAGGAAUUCGGUUCCACACCAGAGAAACCAGAGGACACCCCUCUAGAUGAGUUAGGUGCUUCUAUGCAAGCCACAUUCAAUGGGCAGCUUGGAAAGCAGUCUUCCUCGCUCGUUGCACGCUUGGUUUCGUCCAAGAUGCCGGGAGGGUUCAACAUUACAGCCGUUCGCAAGUACUUGGAGACGCGAUGGGGAUUGGGUUCUGGACGACAGGAUGGCGUUCUUCUUCUCGCUCUUACCAUGGAGCCAGCAUCCCGCAUUGGGUCUGAACCGGACGCCAAGGUUUACCUUGACGACGUUGUGAAUAAGUAUGCCGCCAGUGCCGGCAUCAAUCUCUCUGCACCGACACCGUCUGGAGAUGGCGGAGCUGCUGGCGGAGGUAUGCUCAUGGACCCUGCUGCAAUUGAUGCUUUGACAAAGGAUCAGCGUGCUUUGUUCAAACAGCAACUCGAAAUCAUUGCGCGUUAUCUGAAAAUGGACUUGCGGGCUGGCCAAAAAGCGUUUGUCACCUCACAAGAAAGUCAAAAGACCCUCCAGGCGCAGCUCGACUUGUGGCAGGCCGAGCACGGUGAUAUCUACGCAUCAGGCAUCGAGCCAUCAUUUGAUUCGCUCAAAGCCCGUGUUUAUGAUUCGUCCUGGAACUGGGCCCGUCAAGAUGCCCUUAGCAUGUACUACGACAUCAUUUUCGGCAGGCUCAAGGUCGUCGACCGUGAGAUUGUUAGCCAGUGUAUCCGUAUCAUGAACCGUUCGAACCCUCUACUCCUCGAGUUCAUGCAGUAUCACAUUGAUAAUUGCCCGACUGAACGUGGGGAAACUUACCAACUCGCCAAGGAGCUCGGGGAGCAACUUAUUGAGAACUGCAAAGAAGUUCUCGAUAUCUCUCCCGUCUACAAGGACGUCGCCAUCCCAACGGGACCUCAGACAACGAUUGACGCGCGUGGAAACAUCGACUACAAGGAGGUCCCUCGCGCGAGCGCGCGCAAAUUGGAGCACUAUGUGAGGCAAAUGGCGGAAGGUGGCCCUAUCUCAGAAUAUAGCAAUCGGGCCAAGGUACAGAAUGAUUUGAGAAGCGUCUACAAGUUGAUCCGGAGGCAGCACCGACUAUCGAAGUCUUCGCAACUGCAAUUUAAUACGCUGUACAAGGAAGUUGUCCGUGCCCUCAGCAUGAACGAAAACCAGAUUAUGCCACAGGAAAACGGCAAUGCUAAGAAGCCCGGAAGGAAUGGAGUGGCGAGGGCCGGUAGCCCUCGUUCCGGCAAGGUUGAAACGAUUCCAUUUUUGCAUCUCAAGAAGAAGAACGAGCACGGUUGGGAUUACAGCAAGAAACUGACUGGUGUUUAUCUCGACGUACUUGAGUCUGCUGCACGCUCUGGUCUGACAUUCCAUGGAAAGAACGUCCUGAUGACGGGUGCAGGAGCCGGCUCUAUUGGAGCUGAGGUUCUUCAAGGAUUGAUCAGUGGUGGUGCGAAGGUCAUCGUUACCACUAGUCGGUACUCCCGCGAAGUAACUGAGUACUACCAGGCCAUGUACGCUCGGUUCGGUGCGCGUGGUUCGCAGCUCGUUGUCGUACCUUUCAACCAAGGCAGCAAGCAAGACGUGGAAGCUUUGGUCGAUUACAUCUACGAUACGAAGAAGGGCCUGGGCUGGGACUUGGACUUUAUCGUUCCAUUUGCAGCAAUCCCCGAAAAUGGCCGCGAGAUCGAUUCUAUCGACUCCAAGUCCGAGCUCGCCCAUCGCAUUAUGUUGACCAACCUCCUUCGUCUUUUGGGCAGCGUCAAGACCCAGAAGCAGACCAAUGGUUUUGAAACACGCCCAGCCCAGGUCAUCCUUCCUCUCUCUCCCAACCACGGUACUUUUGGCAAUGACGGUCUGUAUUCUGAAUCAAAGCUUGCCCUGGAGACACUCUUCAAUCGCUGGUAUUCAGAAAACUGGAGCAGCUACCUUACCAUCUGCGGUGCAGUUAUCGGAUGGACCCGUGGCACAGGGUUGAUGAGUGGCAACAACAUGGUCGCGGAGGGUGUUGAAAAGCUUGGUGUUCGCACUUUUUCGCAGCAGGAAAUGGCUUUCAACCUCCUCGGCCUCAUGGCACCCGCAAUUGUCAAUCUCUGCCAGCUUGAUCCUGUCUGGGCUGAUCUCAACGGAGGUCUUCAGUUCAUUCCCGAUCUCAAAGAUCUCAUGACGAGACUUCGUACGGAGAUCAUGGAGACAAGUGAUGUCCGCAGGGCAGUUAUCAAAGAAACUGCUAUCGAGAACAAGGUCGUCAACGGGGAGGAUAGCGAGGUCCUCUAUAAGAAGGUCAUAGCGGAACCCCGAGCGAACAUCAAAUUCCAGUUCCCGAACCUACCGAACUGGGAGGAGGACGUCAAGCCUCUCAACGAAUCACUCAAGGGCAUGGUCAAUCUGGACAAAGUUGUCGUCGUCACCGGUUUCUCCGAAGUUGGUCCCUGGGGUAACUCUCGGACUCGAUGGGAGAUGGAGGCGCACGGCAAGUUCUCCCUUGAGGGAUGCGUUGAAAUGGCAUGGAUCAUGGGUCUCAUAAAACACCACAACGGUCCUAUUAAGGGCAAGGCUUACUCCGGCUGGGUUGAUGCGAAAUCUGGCGAACCGGUGGAUGACAAGGACGUUAAGCCCAAGUACGAAAAGUUCAUUCUUGAGCAUUCUGGUAUCCGUUUGAUUGAACCUGAGUUGUUCAAGGGGUACGACCCGAAGAAGAAGCAGUUGCUUCAGGAGAUUGUCAUCGAAGAAAACCUGGAACCUUUCGAAGCCUCGAAAGAGACCGCCGAAGAGUUCAAGCGAGAGCACGGCGACAAGGUCGAGAUCUUCGAAGUUCCCGAGUCUGGAGAGUUUACUGUCCGUUUGAAGAAGGGCGCUACUUUGUUGAUCCCCAAGGCACUGCAAUUUGAUCGCCUUGUUGCUGGCCAAAUUCCAACUGGCUGGGACGCUAAACGAUAUGGUAUUCCGGAGGACAUCAUUGAGCAAGUUGAUCCAGUCACACUAUUUGUCCUUGUUUGUACCGCCGAAGCUAUGCUGUCUGCGGGUGUUACCGACCCGUACGAAUUCUACAAGUACGUUCACUUGUCCGAGGUCGGUAAUUGUAUUGGGUCUGGUAUUGGUGGUACACAUGCUCUGCGAGGCAUGUACAAGGAUCGUUACCUCGACAAGCCUCUCCAGAAGGACAUCCUUCAAGAAUCUUUCAUUAAUACAAUGAGCGCCUGGGUCAACAUGCUGCUGUUAUCUUCCACGGGUCCUAUCAAAACGCCGGUGGGCGCCUGUGCUACUGCUGUUGAGUCAGUUGACAUUGGUUAUGAAACGAUUGUGGAAGGCAAAGCACGAGUCUGUUUUGUUGGUGGUUUCGAUGACUUCCAGGAGGAGGGCUCCUACGAAUUCGCCAACAUGAAAGCCACCAGCAAUGCCGAGGACGAGUUCGCUCACGGACGUACACCCCAGGAGAUGUCGCGGCCCACGACUACCACCCGUGCAGGCUUCAUGGAGUCUCAGGGUUGCGGUAUGCAACUGAUUAUGAGCGCUCAGCUCGCUCUUGACAUGGGCGUACCAAUCUACGGUAUCAUCGCCCUCACCACCACUGCGACUGAUAAGAUUGGCCGUUCCGUGCCCGCUCCUGGUCAAGGUGUCUUGACAACUGCGCGCGAGAAUCCCGGCAAAUUUCCCUCGCCGCUUCUGGACAUCAAGUAUCGCCGCAGGCAACUUGAGUUGCGCAAGAGGCAGAUUAGAGAGUGGCAAGAAUCCGAAUUGUUGUACCUGCAGGAGGAGGCCGAAGCUAUCAAAGCUCAACAAGGUUCUGAAGAAUCGUUUGAUGUGGCCGAGUACAUGCAAGAGAGGGCCCAGCACAUCAACCGUGAGGCCGUUCGACAGGAGAAGGACGCCCAGUUCAGCCUCGGAAACAACUUCUGGAAGCAAGAUUCUCGUAUUGCCCCUCUGCGUGGUGCACUUGCUACCUGGGGUCUUACCGUGGAUGAUAUCGGCGUUGCUUCUUUCCAUGGUACUUCAACUGUUGCGAACGACAAGAACGAGUCGGAUGUCAUCUGUCAACAAAUGAAGCACCUGGGUCGCAAGAAGGGCAACGCUCUUCUAGGUAUCUUCCAAAAGUAUCUCACAGGACAUCCCAAGGGCGCUGCUGGUGCUUGGAUGUUUAACGGAUGUCUGCAGGUUUUGGACAGUGGCUUGGUUCCAGGCAACCGAAAUGCCGACAAUGUUGAUAAGGUGAUGGAGAAGUUUGACUACAUUGUCUACCCUAGCCGCAGCAUUCAAACAGAUGGCAUCAACGCGUUCUCUGUUACGUCUUUCGGGUUCGGACAGAAGGGUGCUCAGGUCAUUGGUAUUCAUCCGAAAUACCUUUAUGCCACUCUCGACCGAGCUCAAUUCGAGUCCUACAAGGUCAAAGUUGAGACAAGACAGAAGAAGGCAUACCGAUACUUUCACAAUGGGUUGGUCAACAACAGCAUCUUUGUCGCCAAGAACAAGGCGCCUUACGAAGAUGAGCUCCAAAGCAAGGUGUUCCUCAACCCUGAUUACCGUGUGACAAUGGAUAAGAAGACCUCCGAGCUCAAGUACCCUGCCAAGUUCCCAUCUGUCGCCGACAGCGAGGCCGCGAGUACAAAGGCCGUGAUUGAGUCCUUGGCCAAGGCUCACGCCACCGAGAACUCGAAGGUUGGUGUUGAUGUUGAGAAAAUCGACAGUAUUAACAUUGAGAAUGAAACCUUCAUCGAGAGGAACUUUACCGCAAACGAGCAACAGUACUGCCGCAACGCCCCAUCUCCCCAAGCUUCAUUCGCCGGAAGAUGGAGCGCAAAGGAGGCCGUCUUCAAGUCGCUUGGCGUUUGCAGUAAAGGCGCUGGGGCUCCUCUGAAGGAUAUUGAGAUCGAAAAUGAUUCUAAUGGGGCGCCCACUGUCAAGCUCCAUGGUGCUGCUGCCGAGGCUGCGAAACAAGCUGGUGUCAAACAAACCGACGUCAGUAUCAGCCACAGCGACUCACAGGCUGUUGCAGUUGCGAUUUCGAGAUUUUAAUGUUUGAUGUUGACGAGUCGUACGAGUGAGAGGAUUUGCCCUGUACGCAGCAUAUAGAUUUUAUUUCUACUUCUACUUAAUAUACCUGUUAAUUUGUUCAAUCUGCAAACUCAUCUCUCAUCGUGCACUGUUCCCCGUCGGGCCGGGUCGAUGGCUAGGUCGCCCAUUGUCGCGGCGCCGCGCUUAGAUUGCUACACUGGACUUUCGAGGCACCUACCAGCUUCCUGACCACGUUCAAGAUCUUGAUUAUACCAUCGAUUGGUUGCAAAGCACUGCAAUGAACAACCACUACUAUUCUCUCUUUCUAUUAUUCCACCAGGACUUUAACAAGACACAGGCCACCGUAAAGACUGCAGCAGAGAUUGAGACGUUACAUAUACAUGGCAAGCUUACUAUGGUAGUGAAACCUAUGAGGACGCUCGACUCAGCGGACCCCAAUUGGCUCUCGGAUUGAGCUGAUAUCUAACAAGCCGCUUCAUUGGCUGUGCUUCCCGCCCGAGCGAUUCAUCAAAGACCACCUUGAGCUCGGAGGCGGGAAUCGAGUUCCCAGGAGGAUGGGCGCUGUCAGCUGUUUGUCUUUCAAGUACUUGUGUUUGAGAGGGAGCAUCUGAACCAUUGGGCUGCGACUGCGAUUGCGAUUCUGUGGCGUUUGUGCAUGACGCAGCCAAGGUUUCGCGGGCACCCGAACGGUACAAAGCCGCUUCCACCUUGGUGAUCAAGUCCGAUAGGUCCUUGCCGGAUUCGGCCGCGGAAAUAAGCUCGCUCUUCAAAGAGUAUAACUUCGAAUCGUCCGCAUUUGUCGGUCGGGACUUGGCCAUAAUUGUGGCGCCGGCAGAGCCAGGCUUCAAGGUUCCCUCUUUGAUAGGCGGCGCCUUCUGUCUCACCCAUUCACGCAUGAUCUCCCAGAUGACGGCCCAUGGGGCGUUUGUGCGGACGGUGUUUGCUUUAGCGUGGCUGCGCGUACACUUGUACCCUAAGCCACGGACUGCACCACGAAAUGCUUCCUCGGGGACCGUGGUUGUGCGCAGAACUUUUGAGAGGCUGGAAAGCGUGAAAUAUAGAGGGUAUGGUUCACGAAGGGCCGGAUUGGUUCUGGGAAUUAUAGGCGAGAGUUCAUCAAACUGGCCAGCAGCCUCUUCAUUGUUGGCAGCAGGAGUUGCUGGCUGAUUUCGGCUCUCUUCGGGGGAUAGUUCUAAGCUUAAAUCUUCUUCGAGGGCAGUCGUCAACAUGCCUUCGAUUCUGUCCUUUGUCUGGUAUACUUCCUUGUCGACCUGGGGGAGAAGAUCGAGUAUCUUUUGAACGAAGUGAGGGUGAUGAAGGGGUCCGGCCCACAUUGGACCAGAGAGAUGAGUUUUUGUGUUGCAAUGCUCGCAUUUGAUGUCUGCGCUUGGCGCUUGUGCAAACCCAAAAUGAAACAUGGGGUUUCCCUUCUUAUCGAGCUUUUGCUUAGUCGAUGUCAAUGGUUGCGUAGUCCACGCUCCGCAGCCGGAGUCACAGUUGUAGACCAGCAUUGUGUUUCCGGACGUGAACUUGACCUCAGCAGGCGACCGAUGAAUACGGACGAACAAUCGGGCAUAGUAGUCAAUGGAAAGCGAGAGCAAAGGCUCAGUCGCAAGGCCAUAUUUUGCAGCAGCCAUUGCAACAGCGUUCAAGAUUAGGCGUAGUCCACCCUCAUGCGAGUGACUGCCUUUGAUUGGCACACCCCCGUACAAGGAGAAGGCUUUCUCAGGGUAUCCGUUGGACGCCCAUACACCUGCGUCGGUGCAUGUAACGCAAAGCAGUCCUUCAUCUUUUAUACCCUGUACAGCCGCAUCUAGAAACGGGGCGGCGGUGCCGUAGGGAUCCAAAUCGAUGACAUCGAAUUUACCAACUUCAUCUGUUCUCUGCGGGUUGACUGGCUUCAGGCGGCUGUACAUAUACAAACGAGCAUCGCCGUUGUUCGUUUGAAUGAGGUUUCCAAGGCCGUUAUACUCAAUAUUUUGCUUCAUCGAUUGGAUAGCUUGACUCGAGAGAUCAUUGGCGACGACACGGGUAACGAAUGGUAUCUCCGAUGCAUAUCGCAGAGCGCGUAGACCGGAUGCAGACAGUGCAUCUAGAAUGGUGAAUUGAUGAGCAGGAGGAGAAGGAUUCAAUUGAGACGAUUCUGUCGUUUGUUUAUCCUCAAUCCCAGCUUCCUUGGGUCCACUUUCCGGAUUUCUGUCUGGCUCGCCGGGCCUUUGAGCUCCCGUCUCAUCAUCUUCCCGCUUCCUCUUCUUAUUCCUCCCGCGGGCGGCCCCUGAUGCUUUUCGUUUUCGCCGUUCAGUGUUCCUUUUAUGCAUUGCCAUAACAUGCUCUCCAUAAACGCGGAUCGCAAGCACAGUCAAGUCCCGGUUAAAUUGCUGGAUGGGGUUAUAGAAUACGGAUUGAGAUUCUUCGUGUUUCGUAUCUUGUUUGUUCCCCUGCGUUGCUGCGGUUUCCGUGGGCGGUUUCAAUAUGUAUGCUCGACCUUCCUUGAUCACCUGGUAGUCCUUGCCAUUGUGCUGCACCAAUUGGCCGGCAGAGUUGGGCGCCGGGGUGGCCGCCAUGGUCAGAGGUGAAGAGGUGAAAAGUUGCGAAAUGUUGCGAAAGCGAUUGUUCCCGGUGGAAAUGCUGGCGGAUGUAGUCGAAUCUGCCGAGUGGUGCGGGGAGUCGUAAAGUGAUAAGCGCGGACCUGGAGCUGAGAUGAGUGGUCAGGACGUGGAAGUUUUUUUCAGAUUUGCCUCAUGUAUCUGAAGGGGGCUCGUCCUGAUGAUAGCAGCGUAACCAGGAAGACCACAAGAGGGAUCGAGCCGUCUGAGAGAUCUCGAUCAUAGUGGACAAAAAAAAAUGACAGGCGGAACAGUGCACGG